GUCUCGGGAGACCGAGUCGUUUCGGACCACCUACGCUGGGGAGCGCGCGAGGACGCCUUUCACCCUCACAGCUAGGCUUCAGACAGGAUGAUUUAGCGCGCCCAGUGAGUAGUCCCACCACUUGGGACGGCUGAAGCCGAAAGAUUGUGAAGUCGAGCCCAGUCUUAGACUUAGCGGGACACUAGCUCAAAAUUAAAAGGCCUGGGUUCAAUUCCCUUUACUGGGAAGAAAGAAAGAAAAAAAAAAAAAAAAAAAAAAGUGUAAUGAGUGACCCAAUGUGAGGUUCACCCAUAAAGCAUGGAGAACUUUCUUGACCCACGGAGCAGAUAACAACCUCAUGAUAGCAAUGGAAUAGGGUGCAGCUGCAGGGACAUCAGAUCUGACUGCAGAUCCAUGGAGCCGAGGCACUGUCCUGAGAACCGAGCAGUCAGCGACACCCAGGAGCCACGUCCACAGGGCCCUCCAGCCCUGCCUGCCGCACGUCUGGCGGCACCGCUCCCCCGCUCCCCCGGCCGCUGUUCCCAGCCGUGGCUGCCAGGCUGCUCCGACAGGAUCUGCACCGGCCCUGUCUCUUUUCCUCCAUCUCCAGAGGUGACCGCUGUCCCAAGGCCACCAGCACGUGGGCCGAGCGCGGCGGCCUUCCCCUCUCUGGCCCCGCCGGUGACGCUACUGGUGGAUGGGAAGCAGCGCACCGUGGUGGUCUGCCUGGUCCUCGACAUCUCAGCCCCUGGCCUGGACGCCCCCAUCUGGUUCUCCGCGGGCAACGGCAGCGCCCUGGACGCCUUCACCUACGGCCCGGCCCCCGCCACCGACGGCACCUGGACCGCGCUGGCCCAGCUGUCCCUGCCCGCCGAGGACCCGGCUGCCUGGGAGCCCCUGGUCUGCCACGCGGAGCCCGGGGCCGGGGGGCCGCGCCGGAGCACGCAGCCCCUGCAGCUGUCAGGAGCAGCCUCUCGCUCCAGGACCUGCUUCCCAGAGCCUCCAGGCGGACCCCAGGCCCAGGGCCUGUGGCUGGCGGCCCUGCGGCUGCUGCUCUUCAAGCUGCUGCUCCUCGACGUGCUUCUGACCUGCACCCACCUGCCUCAGCCUCCUGCAGCUACUGGCAGCUGCCAUGCUGUCACCUGGCCACAGUGACCAAGGGACUGCUAAAGAGAAACCAGCUGCCACCAGGUCAGGAGAGGACCCACUCCACCCAUGGGGCCCAGCCUGCUGUUCAGGACCUCCUUGGAUUCCUUUGCCAAGAUCUUUGUCUGACAUUUUGAUUGAGGUUGUUGCUAAGUACCCCAGACUGGCCUUGAACUUGCAAUCUUCCUGCUUCAUCUUCCAAUGUUGGGUUCAGAGAUAUGCACCACCACAUUACCUGGCUCUGUGUGACUUGUCUCUACCAGUUGAAUGGGUUUCCUGGGGCCAGGUCCACCUCUUUCCUCAGACUGAGGGCUUUGGGCAGGUGAAGGUUGUGUCUCCUCUUCACAUUAAGAGCCCC